AUGGCUCGGUUCUCCGGUCUCCAGAGGGACGUCCUGUCUCUAUACCGCAAAUGCCUACGGGAGAUCCGGAAUAAGCCUGAGGACUCCAGGAUCAAUUUCAGGAACUAUGCCCGGGCUGAGUUCCAAAAAUAUAUCGCGGUGAAUAAGAAGGACUUUAAUACCGUGGAAUAUCUCUUGCGCAAAGGUCAUCGACAGCUCGAAAUCUUGGUUCCUCGGGGUGCCUACACGCUAGCUUUACUUGGAGAUCUCCAGCAUCGUUGGUUCCAGGCCGAAUUCCUGCGAACAUGUUGA